GAAUCUCUAUGUUAUGUUGACCAUACUGUGUGCAGCCAUUGUUGUUUUGUUAAUGUUUCGUCGCCGCGAGAACUCCGCAAAUUUGGUCCAAUAUGCCAAGAAAGUAUACUAAGAAACGUCCUCCCAAACCUUACACUGAGGUAGACCUGCAGAAUGCUUUGAAAGAUGUUCAAAGUGGAAAGUUAAAACUCUUGGCUGCUGCUAGCAACUACAAUAUCCCAUCAUCCACUCUUUCAGAC